GCCUGGAUGGGAGGAGGGAGGGAUCCCCGCUCCUGUUGUUUUCCGCGAGCCGGAGAGGGUGGCGGUCGCAGGGGGCGGGGUGCGCCCUCCCACCCCGGGCCGUGCGCUCGGAGAGAGGAUCGCGCCAGCCGCCCAGCGCAGCUCCCAGCCCCGGACAUCGGGCUCACCCCCAGCAUCUUCCCCUGGGGCCGCGGAAAGUGGAGCUACUCUGCCGUCCCGAGGACCUGAGAGGAGCACUUAGCACCGGGGGACGCACACCCAGCCCAGCCGGAGCCUGGUUUCCUGAGGGGCCCCUGCGCGCCUCUGGGGCGAGAUGGCCGCGGGCAUCCAGCCCCGGGUCCUCGUCUACCUCGGGGCGCUGCUGGCCCGCUGGGUCGCCGCAGGGUUGGAGGCUGCUGUCAUCGGAGAAGUUCAUGAGAACAUUACUCUGCCCUGUGGCGACAUCUCGGGACCGAGGGGCCUAGUGACCUGGUACCGCAAUGACUCGGAGCCCGUCUUCCUCCUGUCCUCGAAUUCCAGCCUCCCACCAGCCGAGCCGCGCUUCUCCCUGGCGAAUUUCAGCUCCCUGCACAUUGAGGCGCUGAGCCUGCAGGAUGAGGGGAACUACACCUGCCGGGAGGUCCUGAACGAGACUCAGUGGUUCCAAGUGUGGCUGCAGGUGGCCAGCGGCCCCUAUCAGCUUGAAGUCAACAUUUCCACCACCGGCUCGCUCCCCAACGGCACCCUCUAUGCAGCCCAGGGCUCCCAGGUGGAUUUCAGCUGCAGGAGCAACUCCCGGCCUUCACCUAUGGUGGAGUGGUGGUUCCAGGCCCCGCAUUCCAGGAACGAGCCCUUUGGAAACAACCUGACGGUCAGCUGUUUCACUCUGCUGCUGAUGUCGAGAAACCUCCAAGGGAACUACACCUGUUCGGCUAUGAACAUGCUCAGUGGGAGGCAUCGAAAGGUGACCACUGAGCUCCUUGUCUACUACCCCCCUCCAUCAGCUCCUCAGUGCUGGGCAGAGAUGUCACCAGGAUUGUUCAAGCUGCAGCUCACCUGUCGCUGGGACGGGGGAUACCCAGACCCAGACUUUCUGUGGACAGAAGAGCCAGGAGGUGUUGUCGUGGGCUCAUCAAAACUGGGGGUGGAGAUGCUGAACCAGUCCCAACUGUCGGAUGGCAAGAAGUUCAAGUGUGUUGGGAGCCACGUAGUGGGGCCAGAGUCAGGAGCCAGCUGUGUGGUACAGAUCAGGAGCCCCUCCCUUCUCUCUGAGCCCAUGAAGACUUGCUUCACAGGGGGUAAUGUGACACUCACCUGCAAAGUGUCUGGAGCCUACCCCUCUGCCAAGAUCCUGUGGCUGAGGAACCUCACCCAGCCCGAGGUAGUCAUCCAGCCCAACAGCCACUAUCUCAUCACCCAGAAUGGCCAGAGGUCCACCCUCACCAUCCGCAACUGCUCCCAGGACCUGGAUGAGGGCUACUAUGUCUGCCGGGCUGAGAACCCCGUGGGGGUGAGGGAGGUGGACAUCUGGCUGAGCGUGAAAGAACCUUUAAAUAUUGGUGGAAUUGUGGGCACUAUCGUGAGCCUUCUUCUGCUGGGACUGGCCAUUAUCUCAGGGCUUAUGUUGUAUUACAGCCCUGUGUUCUGCUGGAAAGUAGGAAACACUUUCAGGGGGCAAGACAUGAAUGAUGUCAUGGUUUUGGUGGAUUCAGAAGAGGAAGAGGUGGAGGAGGAGGAAGAUGCUGCAGGAGUGGAGGAGGAGGACGCAAAUGAGAGGGAGGAGUUGCCAAAAGAAAUACACAAGCAUGGCCACAUUCACAGAGUGACCGCACUGGUGAAUGGGGACGUAGACCGGAUGGGCAAUGGACUCCAGGCUCUGCAAGACGACAGCAGUGAGCAGCAGAGUGACAUCGUUCAAGAACAGGACAGGCCAGUUUGAAGAAGAGAACUGUCCUUCACUAUCCUGUCUUGAGAGCUUGGAAAGCUACGUUGAAGAUGAGCUUUGCAUUCUGCUUUGACUUGACCUGCACCCCUGCCUGAGGGCUUCAAAAGGUUUGGGGGACUUGGUAAAAAGGAAAGACACACACACACUUUUCCUGACAUUUUUUUCCUAAAUUGGCUUGACGUGCUGUAAGUUUUCUCAAGGAUGUUAAAAAGCUUUGGGAACAGGCAGCGUGUCAGGGACAGCUGCAUUUGGCGUCUGAGAUGCCCCUUUCCCUGUGACUCCUGGCUUUGUCCAGGUUGACUGAUGCUGACUUGUAGGGACAGGAGUAGGGGGAGGCACUUGGCCCAGUGCCCUUUGCCACUAUUAAAGGUCUGUAACCACCCAGCCCCAGCACACAGGGACUAGCCUGGGGUGACAAGGACACUUUUUCACUGCCCAGGUGAGCUGAGAAACCAGAGAAAUGUCAGCUCCCUGGAAAAGGUGAGGAGGUGGUGUCAGCUACUGAUGCUCAUCAGAGGGAGGCCAUUUGGUUCGGGUUUUGCAGUUGGACACUCAGUCUUGAUUCUGUGCCCUGCCCCUGACUUGUUUUGUGGGGUGGCGCAGGUUGCUUUUCCUCUCCCUUGGGCCUCAAUUUCCUCAUCUAUGAAACAGGUGAACUCACACCUACCUUCCAGGGCUGUGGUGAGGACUAAACGAGGUACUUUUGGAUGUGAAAGUGCCUAAGAGGUGCUCAAAGGAUGUUAGUUAUCUGCUCCUUUGCCUUCCCUAGUGGAAAAAAACCGUCAGCUGUAAGCUGCGAGCUGCUGCCUGGGCCUUUCAUCUUUUCUUCCUUCUUUGUAGCAUGGUUUCCACUGAGGGCAUUAGUAGAGCUCUCCUGAUGGUUUUUGCUUCCCUGGAGAUACAAUUCUUUUCCAAAGAGGUAGAGGCCCAUACGAGGAAGUGCCUUUCAUUGACACCUCACAUUUUCCAGAGUUUCAUAUUUAUACAGAAGCCUCUUGAGUGAUGCACAGUUAGCUUUCAGACUUUCCCAUUCUUCCUUUCCCCUGUGGCUUUGAAAGGAGGCAGGAGGAAUGUUUUGUAAUGGAGUAUCUCGGUGAUAAAGUACUCCUUGGGCAGACCAGCUCAUCUGGCCGGUUUCUCACUCUUGGAAAUGGGAAAACUUGUUUCCUUCCUAUUUAAGGAUAUUAGGAGGAUACACUGAUCCGUAAUACUAAGUUUCAAAAGAAAAUAACAUGUGAUGAGUUUAAGCUGCUGAUGUUUCCAAUAAAUCCCUGUACAAUUUAGAGAUUUAUUUUUCUGAUUUCAUCCAAAUCUCUUAAAUGUUAGGGACCUUAGCAAAGGAUAUGCGCUAAACAUGAAAAUCUGACUUGAAUUUGCACUCUUUAAUGUUGCAUACCCUGUUCUGAUGGACAAAACCUAGGGCUUCAAGGAGAACCUCCUUUCUCCAAUUACAGGCACUGGGACUCCUAAGGUGAGCAGCUGGUUAUCCGCAGGGUUACUCUGCGGGUGUGGUUGGGUAUCGGUUUUCUUGGAUGAAGGGACUAAACUAAGCAAAUCACUAGAAGUGAGCCCUGUCCCCAGCUCGGAACGCUGGGCAGCUCAGGAGCUGGCUGCAACGUUCGCCCCUCAGGAAUAGCUGUGAACUGCAGUUCUUGUGGGCUGGGUCUUCGCUGCCUGGUACCUCACGAACUGAACCACUCCACCCAGUCUCAGUUAGUGUCAUUUCAGAACAAGAUGCUGAAGAUAGGUUGCUUCUGAAGUCACUGAACACUGAGCUAGUCUCUCCUUUAGUCUUCAUCAGUACGCUCCUGAAUCUGAGAGUCGAUUAUGCAGAGGCAACCAUAUUUAAAAAAAGGAAAAAAAACUGUAGGAAAAAAAUCCCUAGUUGGGAACACAAAGAAUAAUUUGCAAGAUCACUGAGAUGCUUUCUGCCACUUCCUCUUCUCUUGCACACACACACAAUAGAAAAUCUUCGAGGCAGGGUUUUUUCCACUAGCAAAUGGGAGUGUCAGGGUCUUGGUGCCAAACACCAUAAACCUUUGACCAGCAGAGCUGUGACUGCUGUCACUGCUAUCUGAGCCCUGUGAACACAUUAAUGUGGCUGCGUCACUUAAGAGCCCAGGUGCUGGGGGUCUUCAAGUUUUAAGGAUUUUUGAAGAAUUAGGACUUUUCUUUUCUUUAAGAGAUAACCCAUCCCCAAAUCCACAAGCAUGUUGACAGUAGGUGACAGACUUGUGUAGCAAAGUCCAAGCUAUUACAUUGUGCUUUUGAAAAAUCUUAUCGGAAUGUAUUAUGAACUCAGAGACCAGGAGAUCUGCUUAUCAGAACCAGGAAGAUAAAUAAUUCAGGGCUAUCACAACUCACAUUUCUUUUCUUCAAAAUCUGGUGGACACCAGGGAAGGGGCUCCCAUAAUCCUGUGGCUUUGAUAUUGGCUCUAAUUCUCACAAGCACAUACAGGCCCUAUUAUUGCAGCAAGAAAAUGCAUGACGGAAAAUUUCUAUCACCCUUGCACUGAAACCUGGAAAAUCACCGUUGCUGGGUGAAAUUUAUGAUGAUGCAGUAAGUGCCAACUGGUAUUUCUCACCAGGGGACUGGCCAGGAACUGCUGCAAAGAAUAAGCAGGUCCCUCUGCAUUAUUUACAGUUUCAAAUUUGGUGAUGGUGGGUGGGCGGGGUUUGGGGAGAA